CGAUACGAGACCGGCCCGGCGGUGAAAGCCGUCCUCACCGGGCUCGAGUCGCUGGUCUCGCCCGUAUCAGUCGCCCGAGAUAAGCUCCUGCUGGCUCGCAGCCAUCUGCCGCGUCCCUCGCGUUCGCCGCGCCACCCAAGCCCUGCACGCUGCAUUUAGCUAUUCAGGUCCCGAUCCGGUGGCGUUUGCUGGGACCAUGGUUCCGCGCUCUGAGCCGAUGCUGCGCCCGUCAGAUGGUCAGCAGCCGUAUCAGAGCAGCUGCCAUUGACUCACAAACACACACCGAGACUUGGUAUGCCGUGUCCAUGGUGACGACAUGAUGGUUCUUAUCAUGUCGACGCCAUCUGGGCACGGUGUAUAAAGCACUUCCCCAGAGCUGCUCUCUUUCCCGAUUCCCUCAUCAUCCAUUCUACGUUUCCUCCUUUCGUUUAUACGUUUAUACACAUUCCUCUGCUUUCGCCGCCGAAAGCAUCUUGUCAAGAUGCUGGCUGUUCAAAGUCCCACGACUAACAUCCCUCCCAUUGACAGGUUUCCGGAAUACACAGAUCCUUUCGAGGAACCAUUGCCCAUCAUGACCGCCCUUACUUCCAAGCCUCUGGCUAGUGUCCAGUCCGCGGAGGCCAGCCGUGGCCCUUCUCCCCAGCCUACCCACUUCAGCGUUCCCUUGACCGCGACUAACCACAACGGUCACCGGAUUCUUCGCUCGGCCACUGUUGGCUACAUUGCCCCCGAGUUCACCGGCAAGGCUGAUCAGAUCAAGUCCGUCAAGGAGAUCAUCCUACAAGCUGGAUUCAUCCCUCAGUCUCAGGCUGAUGAGCAGAUCCAGUGGUUCUACGAGAAGCUGGGCAUCGAUGAUGUUUACUUCACCAUCGAGACCCCUGCCGUCAUUGCCAGCCAUGUUACCUCACUGUACGCUGCCAAGGUCGCCGCUUUUGCUCGCGAGGACAAGCAGGAGGAGAUCCGCCUCGACAUGGAGGCCAACGACCACGCCAUCUACAUUGACACCAGCACUCCCGGUGAGACCAACUUCUCUGGUCCCCGCUACGAGGAGCGCCUCGAGAACAAGUACAUCGACCACCCCGGCAAGAGCAAGUACCGCGUUGAGACUUUCCGAUCUCCCGCCGUGCUCGGAGCCAGCCCUUCAUCCAAGGCUACUCUCCGCUGCUACUUCGUCUACCAGUGCCAGUUCUUGACUUCUCCCGAGAACACCGACCCCAAUGAGACUACCCUCGAGCUCAUUGCCGACAACGGUUUCCUCCAGAAGGCUACCGUCAACACCAAGCAGAUCUACCAGGAGAUCAUUGAGCUCGCCGUCAAGCGAGCCGGCCCCGUCAUCGAGGUCUUUGACAUUGAGGACAGCGUCGAGAAGCGCAUGGUUAUUGCCUUCCGCUCUCGUACCGCCCGCGGUCUCUUCUCCGCUCUGAGUGAUCUCUACCACUACUAUGGCGUCACUAGCUCGCGAAAGUACCUCGAGCAGUUCUCGAACGGCAUCACUGUCAUGAGCGUCUACCUCCGACCCGCUCUUGGCCUCGAGGCCGAUUUCCCCCCUUGGGAGGACUCCAUUAACCAGAUCUCCAAGGAGGUCUCUCUCCUCUACUGUCUCCCCCACAACAAGUUCCACAACCUCUUCCUCACCAACCAGUUGAGUCUCCAGGAGUCGGUGUACGCCCACUCCGCCUGGGUCUUCGUCCAGCACUUCCUGAACCGACUGGGUCCUGAGUAUGCUUCGCUGUCUCAGAUCCUCGACCCUGGCAACAACGCCCAGGCCGCCCUUCUCUCCAACCUCAAGCGCCGUCUCCGCUCUGAGACUUUCACUCCCGACUACAUCUAUGAGAUUAUCCAGAACUACCCUGGUCUCGUCCGGGCCCUUUAUGCCUCGUUCGCUAACGUCCACCUGGUUAAGGACGCCGAGGUCGCUGAGCAACUCAUCUCCUCUAGCACCUCCGUUGAGGUCCUGUCAGAUGACGCCCUCAAGGACAAGAUCUCCAAGACUGUCAACAACGAGCACGAGGAGAUGGUCCUCACUGCUUUCCGAGUCUUCAACAACGCCAUCCUGAAGACCAACUACUUCACCCCUACCAAGGUUGCCCUAAGCUUCCGCCUCGACCCCAACUUCCUCCCUGAUGUCGAGUACCCCAAGCCCCUGUACGGCAUGUUCCUCGUCAUCAGCUCCGAGUCUCGAGGCUUUCACCUCCGCUUCAAGGACAUCUCUCGUGGCGGUAUCCGUAUCGUCAAGUCCCGCAGCAAGGAGGCCUACAGCAUCAACGCCCGUAACCUCUUCGAUGAGAACUAUGGUCUUGCUAGCACUCAGCAGCGCAAGAACAAGGACAUUCCUGAGGGCGGCUCCAAGGGUGUCAUCCUCCUCGACCCCAAGCAGCAGGACCGGGCCCGUGAGGCUUUUGAGAAGUACAUUGAUAGUAUCCUUGAUCUUCUCCUGCCCGCCCAGACCCCUGGAAUCAAGAACCCCCUCGUCGACCUUUAUGGCAAGGAGGAAAUUCUCUUCCUGGGCCCCGAUGAGAACACUGCUGAGCUGGUCGACUGGGCCACUGAGCAUGCUCGCGUCCGUGGCGCUCCCUGGUGGAAGUCUUUCUUCACUGGAAAGUCUCCCAAGCUGGGUGGUAUUCCCCACGACGCUUACGGCAUGACCACUCUGUCUGUCCGUGAGUAUGUCAACGGUAUUUACCGAAAGCUGAACCUCGACCCCUCUACCAUCCGCAAGAUGCAGACCGGUGGUCCCGACGGUGAUCUCGGUAGCAACGAGAUCAAGCUGGGUAACGAGAAGUACACUGCCAUCGUUGAUGGCUCUGGUGUCCUCGCUGACCCCAACGGUCUUGACCGCGCUGAGCUUCUCCGCCUUGCCGAGAACCGAAAGAUGAUCGUCGAGUACGACGACAGCAAGCUUUCCAAGGACGGAUACCGCGUCCUGGUCGACGAUAGCAACGUCACCCUGCCCAGUGGCGAGGUUGUUACCAACGGUACCUCGUUCCGUAACACCUUCCACCUUCGGGAUACCGGUAGUGUCGAUGCUUUCGUCCCCUGUGGUGGCCGUCCCGCUUCGAUUGAUCUCAUCACUGUCAACCGUCUCAUCAAGGACGGCAAGUGUGUGAUCCCCUACCUCGUGGAGGGUGCCAACCUGUUCAUCACCCAGGAGGCCAAGCUCAUCCUCGAGAAGGCCGGCUGCAUUCUGUACAAGGAUGCUUCCGCCAACAAGGGUGGUGUGACCUCGUCCUCCCUUGAGGUUCUGGCCUCGCUUUCCUUCGAUGAUGCCGGCUUUGCCGAGAACAUGUGUGUCGGCGCCAACGGCGAGGCCCCUCAGUUCUACAAGGACUACGUCAAGCAGGUUCAGCUCAAGAUCCAGGACAACGCCCGUCUCGAGUUCGAGGCCAUCUGGCGCGAGAACGAGGAGACUGGUAUCGCCCGAUCGAUCCUGUCUGAUAAGCUGUCCGUCGCCAUCACCGACCUGGACGAGAAGCUUCAGCACUCCGAUCUCUGGGACAACGAGAAGAUCCGCCGCUCUGUCCUCGAGGAUGCCCUUCCCGCCCUCCUGCUGGAGAAGAUUGGCCUCGACACUCUGAUGACCCGCAUCCCCGAGUCCUACCUCCGCAGCAUCUUCGGCUGCUACCUUGCCAGCCGCUUCGUGUACCAGUUCGGUAGCAGCCCCAGCCAGUUUGCCUUCUACGACUUCAUGUCGAAGCGUAUGGCCAAGAUUGGUGCUUGAAGAGUUGAGUCCCGAAAGCUUUAGAUGAGUGGAAAAGAAGAGUGUUUUCUGUUUUAAGCAUAGCCUGAUGAUUUUUGAGAGAACGUCCUCGAGAGGACACGAGCAUUGUUGUGGUUUGUUUACAGCAUUGGGUCAUUGCCCUGGCAUGGGCCUCAUUGGGAACCGGAUUGGGAUGGUUAAAGAAAAGCCGAAAAGACUGCAUCCAAGUAGUCGAUAAUGAUAUGAAAUACAAUUCAAAGUUCAAGCA